AUGAACCUGGAGCUUCGACUCUCCGGCUCUCCCUUCUCUUUAUCUAAGGAAACCAAGGAAACCAAGGACACUAAGGACACUAAGGACACUAAGGAAACCAAGGAAACCAAGGAAACCAAGGAAACCAAGGAAACUACGGAAACUACGGAAACCAAGGAAACCAUGGAAACUAAGGAAACUAAGGAAACUAAGGAAACCAUGGAAACCAUGGAAACCAAGGAAACCAAGGAAACCAUGGAAACCAAGGAAACUAAGGAAACCAAGGAAACCAAGGAAACUAAGGAAACCAAGGAAACUAAGGAAACUAAGGAAGCCAAGGAAGCCAAGGAAGCCAAGGAAACCAAGGAAGCCAAGGAAACCAAGGAAGCCAAGGAAACCAAGGAAACCAAGGAAACUAAGGAAACCAAGGAAACCAAGGAAACCAAGGAAACUAAGGAAACCAAGGAAACUAAGGAAACUAAGGAAACUAUGGAAACCAAGGAAACCAAGGAAACUAAGGACACCAUGGAAACCAAGGAAACUAAGGAAACCAAGGAAACCAAGGAAACUAAGGAAACUAAGGAAACCAUGGAAACCAAGGAAACCAAGGAAACUAAGGAAACUAAGGAAACUAAGGAAACCAAGAAAACAAAGGAAACCAAGGAAAACAUCAACGAGACGUGA